AAAUAAAAAAUGCCACAACUCUUUUUGGUUAAUAAACUUUGGGUAAUGAAUUAAUGCUCAAGUAUUUUCUUUUUAGUUUUCUCAUUGGAAAUACUACAUUUUUCAAGCUAAUGUAAAAAAUGAUGGGAAAUAUCUCUGUUGAUGAGCAGUCUAGAAGAGCGUCCAAGUCACAUAGUAGAUUCGUAAAGAGCGCUUCCCAUAGAGUAUCUAUUUUCGAGCGCAGAGGAUUGAAAGGCAAGACUUUAUUCAAAUGCAUUGCCAGGAGGGCCGGCCAGUUCAGGGAAUGGCUGAAAGAAAUUGAUAGCUAUUUGAUCGGUGUUAUCAGGCCUGCAGCUGGUAUUGCAGCUACAAAGAAAACUCUUCCAAUAGAGGCGAAGAUGAUAUUGAUCAAGAAUGAAAUGCUGCGAACAGCAGCUGAACAAGAAGAUUUGGAGGGAUUCCUUGGUGGACUUUACUUUUACAACCGCUAUCCUGAGAAAGAGUACAAACAAUUGAUAGGGAAGACGAAUUGCUGUGCUUAUGGAGGUGGGAGGACAGUGUUGCGACAAGGGCAUGCAUUGAGUGGCCAGUCACGGCUCUACUACGUGGUGACUGGCAAUCUGUCGGUGGAGAUUGAAACAGUGGACCCGAUCACACUGGCCAGCCAUGUUGAGGUGGUCAAGAAGCUCGGACCUGGCGACCAUUUCGGAGACAAAGCUAUCGUAUUCAAUGAGGACAGAGAAUCAACUGUCAUUACCUUAAGUGAUGUUAUGCUGCUGUACAUAACCAAAGAAGAUUUCGAUGCCAUCCUCAAGGAGUCUCUAGAAAAAACAUGGAGUCAAGUGAGGAAAGCAACUACUGAACUUUCUUACUUUUUUGGGGACUGGACAGACGCCGAAAUACGACGAUGCUCCAUCAUAUCUGAGUUGAUAACGUUUCAAGAAGGUGAUCUCAUUUUGGGAGAUGGAUAUGGUAAACGUAAAAACGCACACUUCAUAGUAGAGGGUCAAUGCAGCAUGAUACAAGAUAUAGAGGUUGAAGAGAGAGGCAAUGGUUGGAAAUUGGUAAAAUCAAAUGAUAGUGAGAAUACCAAUUCAGAUGACAGCAGUAAACGUAGGCAGCAUGUUUAUCUCCAAACUAAUGUUUUCAGUAAAGGAGCAUGCUUCGGCGUUGGUGAGAAAAUGAACAACAGAAGAUACGUUGCUGAGAGUGAUGUUCAAUGCUUGGUGGUGCCUCAGUAUCUACUGAUAGCUCAUAAUAGAUUUGAAACCUAUAAGCAAUUUCUGGAGUCAAGACUGCUCUCUACUGAACAAUUGUACUCUAAUUUUAUUUAUUCAAGGAGACGUCUGGAGUAUAAAGCAAAGGUUCUUGCAAUGUCCAAAAAAGCUCCUCCAAACACUAAUUUCACCACAAUUUGGGAUGUGCCUCACAUUUUCCGUUUGAAAGAGCCACAAGUGGGAGUUUGUAAGAUUCCAGAUUACAUAUCAAAAAAAGAACAAAUGGCUGAAAUGUUCAAAAGCAUUGCAGCAAAAGUAAUAGCAAAACAGAAAGAGGGACGCCCUCCUCCGAAAACAAUUGGUCAGUUGAUGAAGGAAAAAGUGCAGCAGCAACGAGAGGAGGUGCGUCAGGCAAUCAUCAGCUUCCCAUACUUCAUCACUUGGCCUGAGGAUGCCUACGUCGAAGCGGCUGCCAUAUCCAAUAUAAGAGAUUAUAAGCCCGAUGAUAUCAUACAUGGCUACAACAGGGAAAAAAGUAAUUAUGUUUAUUUUGUGAUGGAAGGAAUCGCUUGUGUCUUGCAACGGCUGAAGAUCGAAGCAAUUACUGAUAAAGCUGGAAAGCAAAAGUACAAACUAAUCAAAGAUGAAAGAGAGGACACUGAAGAUGUUGUGAGUCACAAUCAAGUAAAUGAACAACACCCUGGAAAUACUAAUAGAGAAAGGAAUGUUAGAGAUGUAUUCAUGGAAUUGUGUGUGAUAACAAAGGGCGAAUGUUUUGGAAUUGGAUCAGAACUGAAGAAUGGGCGAACAGUAGUUGCUAAAACUGCCGUCACCUGCAUAUUAAUUCCGAGAUAUGUGAUCUACAAUAACGAUUAUGCCAAUAUGUGGUCAAGAAUCGAACAGUUUCUCUCUUCACGAAUGCCAAACACUCAAGAGCUUUUCCACAAGUUUGUCGAGGGU